CUGACGGUCUCACUGUUCACUCCAUCUUCCAUUUGAGAGAGAGAAAAAAACAAAAAAACAAAAUCAAAAUUUGAACGAGCACCGGCGUUGAAGUUGAACUCCUGAUCAAAGGAAGAAUCGGGGAAGAAAGAGUGACACCGCAGAUAUGGACGCUGAAUUGCUAGAAUUGCAGAAACAAUUCGAGUAUGCGCAACAAGCGAAAUCAAGCAUCCGAUUAUCGGAACGAAACGUCGUCGAAUUAGUCCUAAAGCUCCAGGAGCUUCGCAUCAUAGAUUUCGACCUUCUCCACACAAUCUCCGGCAAAGAAUACAUCACUCCUGAGCAACUGAGGCAUGAAAUGGUGGCUGAGAUCAAGAUAUUAGGGCGUGUUUCCUUGAUAGAUCUUGCGGAUGCUACUGGUGUUGAUUUAUAUCAUGUUGAAAAGCAAGCUCAUCAUGUAGUGUCGGAUAAUCCGGAGCUAAUGUUAAUUCAAGGAGAAAUUAUAUCACAGGCUUAUUGGGAUAAUGUUGCAGAAGAAAUUAAUGAGAGGCUUCAAGAAUGUAGUCAAAUUGCUUUGGCAGAAAUUGCUGCACAGUUAAAUGUUGGCUCAGAAUUUGUGGCUUCUAUGUUGGAGGCCCGCCUUGGAAGAUUGGUGAAAGGUAGGCUUGAAGGUGGGCAAUUGUAUACACCGGCUUAUGUUGCUCGUGUUAGUGCCAUGGUUCGUGGCGCUGCAAGGGGUAUCACAGUGCCUACUAACUUGUCAGUGCUUUGGGGAAAUUUACAGCAGUUGUUGCAGGAAAUGAAUGGAGCCAGUGGUGUGGCCGUUGAAAGUUCAUUCUUCCAGUCCCUCUUUAAUGGACUCAUGAAGGAAGGCCAGGUUCUUGGAUCACUUCGUGCAGGAGUUCAUUGGACUCCAAAUGUCUUUGCCACUGCUCAAAAGGAGUGCGUGGAUUCUUUCUUUUCACAGAAUUCUUUUAUAAGCUAUGACACUCUGAACAAACUUGGAAUUUCCCAGCCUGUCCAGUUCUUGCAGUUUAGGUAUCCUGAAGGUAUACCUUUAGUUACUGCAUUUGCUCACCCUUCCUUGACUGAGAUGUUAGAUGCUGUUGUUGAGGAUGCUAUUGAGCGUGGUAGCUGGAUUGAUUCUCUUUCUGUAUUGCCCGCAUCUUUCGGAUCCCAAGAUGCAUCCAAGAUUUUAUCACUUUGUCCUUCUGUUCAGUCGGCCCUUAAGGAUAAUAAAGGACUCAUCCUGGGGGACUCAUAUGUAUUCAGUAAUGGUUUUGUCAAGUCUGUUUAUGAUCGGAUGGAGAAAGAGAUGGAUUCCUUUCUGCUGAAUGACAAACCAGACUUUGUUCAGGAAGUUAAGGCUAAAAAUGAUUCUGGAAGGUCCAAUGAGUUAAGUGACACUGGUAAUGAGAAAAAGAAGAAAAAGGGAAAAACUACUGGGAAAAAAACAGCAGAAAGCAUUCCAGAUGAUGAGGACUACAUUCCUGCAAAAUCUAAGAAAAACCAAAGGAAAGGCAAGGAUGCGUCUUCUACUCAGGUGUCAGAUACAAAAACUGGAGCUAAGAAAGAGGCUAGAAUGCAAGAGGACAAUCUUAAUGUUCCUUCAGAAAAGUGGGUAAUGCAAAAGAUCCUAACUAUGGUUCCUGAUUUUGAAGAGCAAGGUAUAGAAGAUUUGCAGAUAAUACUUAAACCAUUAGCUAACUAUAUGAGACCUAUGCUCAUUAAUUCUUUGAAGGAGAGAAGAAAGGCAUUGUUCACAGAAAAUACUGAGAAAAUAAAGCGAUUGAUUGAUAAUCUGCAAAAGAAGCUUGAUGAGUCUUUCCUAAAUUUGCAGCUGUAUGAAAAAGCUCUAGAUUUGUUUGACGAUGACCAAUCAACUUCAGUUAUUUUGCACAGACAUUUGUUAAGAACAGUAGCUGCUUCUAUUUCAGAUACACUUUUUCAUAACUUGGACAUACACAACAAAUUGAAGAAUGGAAUUGAAGUCGACGAGUCUCAAAGUUCAGAAUCCAUCACAUUAAAUUCUGCAGAAAGAACUACUCUUGCAAAAAGUUUUCCAGGAUCCCUUUCAAAGAAAGCUCUUGCAGUAGUAGAAACUUUGGAAGGAAAGCGGGUUGAUGCUUUCAUGACUUCACUAAGAGAAAUGGCGGAGGAAAGUGGGCUGUUCUUGAAAAAGCUUGACAAAAAAUUGGAGAGAACACUUUUACACUCAUAUCGCAAGGAUUUGUUAGCCCAAGUUUCUAGUGAAACUGAUCCAGUUACUCUUCUGCCUAAAGUUGUUUCCCUACUUUAUCUACAGAUUCACAAUAAAGCUCUUCAAGCCCCAGGAAGGGCCAUUUCUACAGCUGUGUCUCGAUUGAAGGAAAAGCUAGAUGAUUCAGCAUAUAAAAUCUUGACAGAUUACCAAACUGCAACGGUGACAGUUUUAUCGCUUCUUUCUGCUGCAACUGGUGAUGAAGAAGACUGUACAUCUGAUAGAAUUUUGACUAAAAGGGAGUUCCUGGAGGAUCUAAUGCCAUCACUAAAAGGUCUGGUUUUGGGCACGUCACAAUCCUGACACAACACAAUAUCAAAUUUAAUUUCCCCAAGUGUUCCGCAGUGGGGAAAUCAUUAUGACAAGGCAACGCUGCUCCUUUGUUCCGGGUAAAGUGUACAAUGCGUCUGGAUAGAUCGCCUGCUAGUAAUCUUUUAUAUUUGAAAGAGAUAGAUAUAGUCCUCUAAUCAGUAAAAACAAAUGCUAGCUUAUUACUUCUGCGCAUACUUGAUAUCCAAUCGGAUGUCUUGUAUAAAUAGGGUCAAUCAGUUCAAAAUUUUAAGGGAUUUUGCGGAGAUUGAGUUUGAUGGGGCUAUGAAUUGAAGAAAUUCUAUAAAGGGAUGGAUAUGGUUUUUGUACGAAGCUAGUGAGUAUUAACUGUUGCAGUUGAAAUAGAAAGCAUCAUAUUCUUAUGAAGUAUGCAAUACUUGCAUGAAAAAAAGAAACUUACUGAGCUGUACUAGUAUAUGGAUUCCAUGAAUAAGUAAACUAUCGUGUUUAUUCUGCAA